AUGUCGACCCUCAAUGAACGUAAGCGAAUUAAGACAGUCUAUACUGCCCGACUCUCUGGACAUUUCUCGAAGCAUACAGGCUCACGGUAUUUAGAACUCGUUAAUCGAAUGAACCCUUCCGACGACAUGUUGAUGGCGCUCAGAAGGUUUGGGGAGCGGGCAAUUGACAUGCGUUUGAUGUCCGAGGGCGACGAAGCCUAUGCAGCUUGGGUGGUGGUUUCCAACGGGCUUCCCGAGCUCCUGCGUCAGUUGAGACCCUUUGCCCCAACUGGGCCUAUCAGUGUGGUCACCGCACUCCGGUCUGCUAUCGUACUCCAGGAAGAAGAUCUCAUUCGGGGGUUGAUUCCCCACGUCGAAGACGUCGACCUUCUUGACGCUCUCUGGUGCUCUAUUGAGUCCGAGGAUGCAAAGAUGACUUCCGCCUUCCUUCCGAAUCUCCCGGCACAUCUCCAGGCUGAAGCCGCAACCACCUGUCUCGAACAAGUAGUUACCACGGGAAGGACUGACCUCCUUCAACUACUCAUUACCGGAGGAGCGGAUCUGGACAAGAUAACGACCGAAUGCGGGUGUGCUAAAAACAAGGAAACAUGCUUACAUUGGCUAGCAUCGUGCGGACUCUGGACCAGAUUUUUUCGCGAGACUCUGCUCCCAAUAGUCAAGAUGUUCUGUGACGCCGGCGCAAAUCUCAACAUGAAAGACAAUAAGGGGCGCACGGCUUUGCAUUACUUCGCCAUCAAUGGUGCUCGUACGGUCAAGCCGCUUCUAAGACCUGCCGACUUCACCACCGACGGGAUCGCUUGGGUAUACGAAUCUGUCCUCCAGACACUUAUUGACGCAGGUGCAGAUGUCAAUGCGCAGGAUACAGACGGGAACACGCCUCUACAUCUUGCUGCGAUUCAUGGCGAGGAGAUCAUGGUCAAUCUCCUCCUCAAAGCGGCGGUCAACGCGCUAAUUAAGGACAACGACGGGAACACCGCGAGCACAAUCGCGACCUUGAGCAUGCAGUACGUGGUGCGCAAGUACGAGAGAGCUCAAGCAAAGAAGCUGGAGGUAGUCAAGGAGUUGGAGUCUGCAAAGCAGCUCGAGGCAGCGGAAGAGAUGGAGGCAGCUGAGAAAAGGAAAUUCAUCAAGGAAUGGGAGGAUGCGUUUUAA